CAACCGUUCUUCUUCUCUUCUUUAUUGCUCUUCUUUACUUAUUCCCUAUUCCUUAUCUUCUUUGUUGAACUUUUAACUUAUUUUUCUUUCUGCCAUUGAUGGCACAUUCAAAUAUGCUUCACCCCGUAGCACCCUAUCAAGAGUCUGGAUUUACACCCAUUGUACUGGCACCUUUGUGCCUUGGACAUUGUACUCCACUCUUACAACGCGCUCACAUUGACCUGCUAAAGUUUCUGCAGAUGAGAGACCCUAGCGAUUUCGAGAAUAUCGGAAUACGCGAUUUCAGUGACUGCAAACGGCUUGCGCUGUUUAUUAGGUCUCUAGAGGUCCACUUGGCGGACAAGGGGCUUUUAGAACAAGGAACCAAUUCCUCGACUUUUUUAUCACCAGCAUCAUCAACAUCAUCUCUGUUAUUAUUACCACCACCACAACAACAACAACAACAACAACAACAACAGCAACAGCAACAACAAAAACUUAAGACUCGGCUGAUUAAUCCAAUCAAAAGACAUGAAACAUCAUUUUCUAUAAACAAAAAAGACAAAGAGGCAGUCAAAAAGGCACUGGUCGCAUUUGAUCGACAGGUGCUUCCCAGUCUCUACAUGACUUGUAACUCGCCACCUUUACCCAGUCUUCCCAAAUCAGAGACUUGUUCCGGAUCAUUCUCCGCCCUCAAGACCGUACGACCGAGCUAUUCAUUCAGUAGUGACACCGGAAAGACAUCCAUUCAAUCGUCCAGCACUACCACCAAUACGGUAUCGAGCGACAUUACCAUGUUUGAUAACUCGGAUGAUGAUAAUGAUAGUGAUGAAGAAAUGCCCUUGACAGACCCACCAGCCUACACAACCAUACCCAUACCCAUACCCAUACAAAGCACGCAUAUUGAUAUUGAUACUAAUACUAAUACUAAUAUUAAUACAAACUCAAACUCAAACCAACAAGACACAAACACAGACACAAACGCAAACACAAAUAUAAAUCCCAUAAUUUCAAUUACUCCUCAGGAUGGAGUACAAACCAAUAUAGUACCUAGACAUCGACAGCCAAUUGCUCACACCAGACCUAAAUCACUUCCCGCCUACCUCAUUAGCCGACUUAGUUCCUUGCCUUUGUCUGCUAUUGCUCCAACAUCUACCAUAUCUGCCAUAUCUGCUUCUGAUUCAUCUUCUUAUUUUCCUUCUGCGCUUAAUGUUGUACAGCCGAGUUCAUCUAGCAUCGAUGUACCAACAAACCUAAGAUCCGAACAGAGAUCUUUGUCUGCACCACCCGAUUAUCACGACAGCGUUCUGCAGAAGCGAUGGGAGUCCAGGCAACCGGUGCUUCCUCGAGAAGAAGAAGGCUCAGAAAUCCUUCCUGACUACAAAUGUACUAUCUUUAAGAUGGGCCAUGUCUACGUAAAGCGUGAAUUUGAAAAACCGGGUGUACGAUCCCGAAGGAGGGGUUGGAGGAAAUUGUAUUUAGAGGUAUGGGGAACAGUCCUUCGAAUUUACCGUGCAUCACCUAAAGAAGGCUCGAUCUACUCUUCAUCAUCUUCUUCGCCUUCUUCUUCGCCUUUAACAACCUGUUCAUCAAAAUCUACAUCAGUAUCCGUAUCACCAUCAACAGCAUCUUCAUCUUCAUUUAAAUCCAAAUUAGCAUCAAAGUCAAAAGCUUCGUCUUUUUCAGAUGGACUGUUCAACAAUCGAUCGAAAUACAAGACGGCUUACAAGCACUGGCACAAGUACUAUUAUACACCAAUUACUACCAUUUCCCUUGCCGGUGCAGAUGCCACACGUGCACUUGAUUACACCAAGCGGCCAAACUCGCUCAGGCUCACGACAGUCAAUGGACCUCAGUAUCUAUUGAGGUUACCGACCGUUACAGACAUGACACUCUGGAUUGACAGUUUACAAGCAGCUAUCAAUAUCUCUCUUGACCUCGAACACCGACCGAUGCCUAAAUUCUUGACGAUGCCUGCGCGUGCACAUAAUGUAUCCAAUCUCGAUACUCGUAUGUUGGCUAUUGAACGUGCACGACAACAAAGACUAAGGGACCAAGCUGAGGUUCUUAUUUGAACAAAUAUAUAUUGUUACCCUCUAUUUAUUUAUUUAUUAUAUUAUAUUAUAUUAUAUUAUUGUUUCAAGUGUUGUAAAUACAUAUCAUUUCACAAUCAUCUUUACCCUUCUUCUUCUUCUUCUUACACAGAGAGAGAGAAUAAAGAACCAAAUCAAAUCACAAU